GCCUCGCUGCGCGCUCGGUAGCCGCCGGGGCGGCGAGUUUCUUUGCUUCGGCCCCUCCUCCCGCCCGCCCCGCGGAGAGUCGAGCGGCAGCCCUGGAGCCUCUCGCAAGUCUCUCUCACACUUCCCCGCCCUCUCCCCAAAGGAGCAGCCGCUCCUUCUUGCCUCUCCUCUCCCGCCGCCGCGCCCGCGGAGCUCCUCUCCCGCGCGUCUCUCCUCGGAUGGAGCUCGGGAGCCGCCGACGCCGCUGCUGCCCCGAGCCCUGAGCGCGGCCGUCCCGGCCGGAGGAACCCGCCGCCCCCCCCCACCCCGAGGGCGCCGAGCGCCGAGGAGCACGCGGAGGGCUUGGGGCGCCGGCUCGGAGAACGAGCAAGUGCUGCUCCUCGGUCACCGGGCCGGCGGCCGGGGGACUAUGGCUCUGAAGGACACGGGCAGCGGCGGCGGCACCAUCCUGCCCAUUAGCGAGAUGGUCUCCUCGUCCGGCUCGCCCGGCGCGUCGGCCGCCGCAGCCCCGGGGCCCUGCGCCCCGUCGCCCUUCCCCGAAGUGGUGGAGCUGAACGUCGGCGGCCAGGUCUACGUGACCAAGCACUCGACGCUGCUCAGCGUCCCGGACAGCACUUUGGCCAGCAUGUUCUCCCCCUCCAGUCCCCGGGGCGGCGCCCGGCGCCGGGGCGAGCUGCCCAGGGACAGCCGCGCGCGCUUCUUCAUCGACCGGGACGGCUUCCUCUUCAGGUACGUGCUGGACUACCUGCGGGACAAGCAGCUGGCGCUGCCGGAGCACUUCCCCGAGAAGGAGCGGCUCCUGCGCGAGGCCGAGUACUUCCAGCUCGCCGACCUGGUCAAGCUGCUGUCGCCCAAGGUCACCAAGCAGAACUCGCUCAACGACGAGGGCUGCCAGAGCGACCUGGAGGACACCGGCUCGCAGGGCAGCGGCGACGCGUUGCUGCUGCGCGGGGCGGCGGCCGCGGUGCCCUCGGGCCCGGGAGCGCAGGGCGGCGGCGGCGGCGGCGGCGGCGCCCCGGACAGGCGCUCGGGCUUCCUCACGCUGGGCUACCGCGGCUCCUACACCGCCGUGCGCGACAACCAGGCCGACGCCAAGUUCCGGCGCGUGGCGCGCAUCAUGGUGUGCGGGCGCAUCGCGCUGGCCAAGGAGGUCUUCGGGGACACGCUCAACGAGAGCCGCGACCCCGACCGGCCGCCGGAGAAGUACACGUCCCGCUUCUACCUCAAGUUCACCUACCUGGAGCAGGCCUUCGAUCGCCUGUCGGAGGCCGGCUUCCACAUGGUGGCGUGUAACUCCUCGGGCACCGCCGCCUUCGUCAACCAGUACCGCGACGACAAGAUCUGGAGCAGCUACACCGAGUACAUUUUCUUCCGACCACCUCAGAAAAUAGUAUCACCUAAACAAGAACAUGAAGAUAGGAAACAUGACAAAGUCACUGACAAAGGAAGUGAAAGUGGGACUUCCUGUAAUGAGCUCUCCACUUCCAGUUGUGACAGCCAUUCAGAGGCAAGCACUCCCCAGGACAACCCAUCCAGUGCCCAGCAAGCAACAGCUCACCAACCUAACACCUUAACAUUGGAUCGCCCCUCUAAAAAGGCACCUGUGCAAUGGAUGCCUCCACCAGACAAACGCAGAAACAGUGAACUCUUUCAGACACUCAUCAGCAAGUCCCGGGAAACAAAUCUGUCCAAAAAGAAAGUCUGUGAGAAGCUAAGUGUGGAAGAAGAAAUGAAAAAGUGUAUUCAGGAUUUUAAAAAAAUCCACAUUCCAGAUUAUUUUCCAGAGCGCAAACGCCAAUGGCAGUCUGAACUAUUGCAGAAGUAUGGGCUAUAGUAAUUAUCACGUUUCUGCAGUAUUUUGAUGACAUUCAAUGUUUACUACAGUGUCACCACCUGACUGAUGUCCUAACAAUGGUCAGUGUGAUCCUUGCUGCUCUUCCUUGUUGUGAUUAGUGGAUGUGGGACAGUAUUUUAUUUUAUUCUUUUGUUGUUUUUGUUUAUAGAAACAUGAAUUAAAAGGAAACAAAUAAAUCAAUAAAUGUUAAAUCAAAAUGGAGUAUCUGAUUCAAACCAUUUUGCAAGAAUGAAAGUAAAAUGUGCAUGUCAAGCUUAGAAUCUUGAUUUUUGAACUCUGGUCAACUGGACAUGUUUGUCAUUUUGUAACUCAACAAAAACAAACCAUCAUAUCAUACCAACUAAAAUGAUAUAUGGAUGAAGCAACAUAAAGUAAAAUUUUAGACAAUGGUGAUAGGACCCAAAUCUAAAACUGUCUAAAUGUUAAUGCAAUAAAACAAGUAUUAUUUUUGCAUGAGCACAAUGUUACAAAUAAAUCACAAGAAAUAGGGGAGAUUUGUUUGUUGCUUGGAAAGAAAAAACUUACAAAAAAAAAACAGCAAAAAAAAAAAUGUUUUAGGCAAAGCCUAUAAAUGUAAGCUGUCUAGGAGAUUGAAUUUUCUUUGUUCUGGAUCUGUGACUUUUUUGUGUAUAUGUAUGGUGUUUAUGUAUGUUAAGAUGGUGUAAAUAUGCCUUAUGCUGUUUAUUUAUGGCAUCAACAUUCAUUUAUUAAUGCUAGCCAUGAUUAUUACUGUGAAAUUAGUCUUUUACAUCAGGCUGUGAAAAUUGGUAUAAUGAUGCUUUGAAAGAUACUGUUAUCGUGUUAAUCAGAAUAAUAGAGGGAAAUGAUAAAGAGCUUUAUGUAUUUAUUAAAAAAAGAAAAAUGUAUUAGAA